GAAAAAAAAAUUAUCACUAAUUUGUUGAUAUACAUCCGGUUUACACUCAUCAUCAUCAUCAUCCAUUUGAAAUUUGUUUUACAUUCAUCAAUUUUUAUCUAUCAAUUUCUCGAUUCUUUUGAUCAACAAGAAAAAAAAAUCAUGGAUCUUAUCAACAACAAAGGAAAAACCAAAUCAAACCCAAAUGUGUUCAUUUUUUUAUUUGACGCGUCAUGUUUUCCAAAAACUGCUACCGGGAUAACAUUUUUAGUCAAUUUCAUUCUUGUCAAUUUUUAUAUAUGUCCAUGUUUCUCUGAUAUUUAUGCUGGAGAUCGAAUCGAUCCUUAUUUCACUGCAAGACCAAAUCCAGUUACGAAUUAUGAUCAAUGGGGUCAUUAUCCAAUUAUGUAUCAAGAUCCAAAUCGUCCUUUAGAACCAAUUAAUAAAUAUGAUCCUCGUUAUUCUGCAGUAACACCAAAUACUUACAAUAGAUAUCGAAUCGAAGAUCCAGGUGAUCUUCGUUGUCGUGAAGCAGUCAAAGAAGGUUUGCUAGAAUUCGCCACUGUUACCACACCAUACGGAACUGUUGAAGGUCGAGUUGUUUAUUUAUGUGAUGAACCUGGUGUUCCAGAACAUGAACGACCACGUCCAGCUCAAUACGUACCAAUUGGAGCACCACAUAAGUAUCGACCGAUAACUCAAUUCAGAAGAAAUGUCACAGCUUUUCUUGGAAUUCCAUAUGCAAGACCACCUACCAAAAAGAAUAAUCUUCGCUUUAAAAGAACUUCGGUACCAGAUCAAUGGGGUUCGAUUCGUGCCGAUCGAUAUAGAGCUGCUUGUCCUCAAUACAAACGAUAUAUCCAUGCUGAUUUGGGAAUCCCGUUUACCGAUGAAGAUUGUCUCUAUAUGAAUAUUUUCACCCCAUGGGCUGCUACUCCAACAAGAUCAUUAUAUCCUGUGAUGAUUUAUAUCCAUGGCGGUCAUUUUGAUCACGGUUCUGGAAAUAUUUUUCCUGGUCAUAUGCUGGCAGCAACUCAAGAAGUUGUUGUUGUAACAUUUAAUUAUCGUCUUGGUUUACUUGGAUUUUUGGCUACUUCGGAUAAUUCUUCGGCCGGAAAUUACGGCCUAUUCGAUCAGAUGCAAGCCAUUAAUUUUGUCCGAGAAGUUAUUGUCAAUUUCAAUGGUGAUCCAAAUCGAAUCACUUUGUUUGGACCCGAUGCCGGUGCUGCAAGUGCUGGUUUAUUGGCCAUGUCCCCGUUAACACGAAGAUAUAUAAAAAGAGUGAUUGCUCAAAGUGGAGCAGCAGUAGCCGAUUGGGCCAUUAUCAAAGAUCCAUUGUAUAUGCGAAACAAUACGGUCAUCGCUGGUCGAGCAUUUGGAUGUUCCACUCGUACCAGUUAUAUCCUAGUUGAAUGCUUGAAGAGCAGAUCGGCUACCGAUUUUACCACUACCGAGAUAAAGCCCGAUGUUGGAUGGCUUGCUUGGGCACCGGUUGUUGAUAAAUAUACACGAACUCAUGAUUCGCAAUUACUACCAGAAUUACCUGAAGUUAUUUUGAAUAAACGUUUACUCUUAUUCGAUCCAGAUUUUGCUUAUAUGAGUGGUGUUACCCGCGAUGAAGGAUCACAAUCUUUGUUUUCAGAUGAAGAAUUACAGAAACGAAAUUACGAAACCAAUCCGGACCUUUUUGCCAAACAUGUAAAAGAAUAUGUAAAAAUUUACAACUAUACUUUGGACCAGGAAAGAUUGAUCAGCGCAAUUACAUUCAUGUAUUCACCAUGGAACGAUCCCGAAAAUAAAACUUUAAUUCGUCAAGGAAUUAUUGAUAUGAUAACUGAUUCAUGGUAUACAGCACCGAAUGAUAAAAUGGUCAAAUUAAUGCUUAAAAAUAAUGUUGUUACCUAUAUGUACAUGCUUAAUUAUACAAUACAAGGUCUUAAUCUUCCAUCCUGGCUAGGUGUUCCACACGACACUGAAUAUUUGCUAGCUUCUGGAGCGCCAUUUAUGGAUCCUAGAUUUUAUCCAAAAGCUUUAAAAUUAGAUUUAGCUCAAUGGACUGAACAAGAUCGAAAUAUUAGCCAGUUGUUGAUGGAAACCUGGGCUAAUUUUGCAAAAAAACCAGUUUGUACACCAACUGCUUGGAAUUGUGGUCCAACCCCAUAUGCGUUAUUCAAUACUAUCAUUUGGAAGCCCAUGUCUUUGGAAAAUUUACAAUAUUUGGCAAUCAAUUCAACCAACUAUACAACAAACAUACCGUUCACAAGUGAUUGGGAAAAUACAGAUUGGACGUUGAUUACUUUUCCAUAUUCAACAUCGACAAUGUGGCGAAAUUAUAAACAGAAAUCGGCUCAAUUCUGGAAUUCAUAUGUUCCUCUGCUAGUCGGUUCAGCUCCGAUCACUUGGAUGCCAACUGUUGAGCCAUAUUUGGAUGAGCUUAGAAUUUAUCGUGCAGCAACAUGGAGCAUUUUGGCCACAUUGAUUGUUCUUCUAUUUUUCACUCUGAUGUGUUCGUGUCUUUAUUGUCGAGCAAAAAGCUAUAGAGACACAGAAGAGUAUGUUCCAGUUCCUGUCUUAGAUCAACCAUAUGCUCCUGCUUCGGCUCGUGCAAAUUCGGAAAAUAAUCUCAAUUAUAUCCAAACAAUGCGAUUACGUAACAACAAUGAAUAUAUACCACAAUCACCACAAGUAAUGAUGAAUAACUCAAAUCAUAAAACCAGAUCAAUGGAAAAGUUGUAUUCACCACGAUAUGACAGGCAUACAGAAGUUUGAAACAUUAUUAUGUAAAUAAUUUAU